UUUUUUGCUUUAUGAUCUGGCAACUCGUGACGUCACACACGGGGGGAAGCGAAAGUUGGCGCGUAAAAAUCAGACCGGCGUGACUUUUCAGACCCGCGUCAAACCCGCACUAAACCCGCACUAAACCCGCACUAAACCCACUGCGCGGCGUCCUGCGUGCACCAUGUCCACCUCGUCCGUGUCCCGCGGCUGCUUCGUCUUCAAACCGAGCUCCAAAAAGCGGAAACGCGUCGGAACCGAGACGCAUUUUACGCGCGGCUGCGAAGAGAAAGACGCGGGCGGCGCGCUGCGGUACAAACUCUGCCGCGACCUGUGGGACCAGAUCCUCCGCGACACCGAGUCACUGCAGGACGAGCUCCACAGAAACAUCCUGGACUCGCUUCUGGAUUUCACGCGUAAAUCUUCCCCCUCUGCGCAUGCCCAGUGCGUCUGGACCGCGCAGAUUCGGGCCAGCGAGAUCCCGACGGCGGCGCUGAUGCUCGGCGUCAACGUCCCGGACCACGACGCGACGUUCCAGAGUCUGUCGGAGCUUCUGCGUCGCUCCGUCACGCCGCACGUCGCCUCCCUGCACGCCAAGGAGUGCGCCACGCUGAAACAUGCGCUCAAACGCGUCCUGGAGCGCAUCAUGGACGGCGUCGGCGUGGCUCUGGACGACGACGACGAAGAAGGUGGAGAAAGUGACGCUCCGAAACUGGGCAGAGGCGUGCAGUGCUCCUUCGGGACACUCUGCGAAUGGUACAAGGCUAAAAACAAACAAAAAGAUCACGCUACGGAAAGACGUGACGCAAAUCCUCCCGUCGUCGUCAUUUUCAAAGAUUUAGAAUCGUUCAGUCCGAAAGUUCUGCAAGAUUUCAUCCUGAUCUGCAGCCGCUACGUGUCGCAGCUCCCCCUCGUGUUUAUUUUCGGCAUCGCGACGUCCCCGAGCACGAUCCAGAACAUGCUGCCGCACUCCGUCUCGUCGCUUCUGUGCAUCGAGCUGUUCCAUUCGCUGUCGUGCACGCAGCAUCUCGCCACCGUCAUCGACAAGUUCAUCCUCGACGCCAAGUUCCCGUUCAGGCUGAGCGGGAAAGUCCUGCAGGUCCUCGUCAGCGUCUUCCUCUACCACGACUUCUCCGUGCGGAACUUCGUCAAGGGCCUGCAGGUGGCGCUGCUGGAGCACUUCCACUCGCAGCCGCUGAGCGUCCUCUGCUGCCCCAAGAACGUCGCCCUGGAUCUCGUCGAACACCUGCAGAGGAAAGAUCUGGAGCGGAUUCGCCGGCUCCCGUCGUUCAGGAGUCACGUCCAGAGUCUGAGCGCCGAAGAACGAGACGAGCUGACGACGAGAGACGACGCUUUGAGAGAAGAAUGUAAAAAGAUGAUCAAAUCUCUUCACAGGUAUCAUAAGACGUUCUUCCCGGUUCUUCGGUGUCUCCACGCGCUCACGUCGACGCUCCCUCGGUUUCCGUUGGGGAAGCAGAUCCGGGAGCUUCUGCUGAUCUGUCUGGAGAGGAGAGUGUGGGAGGGAGAGGAGUACGGAGUCGCCCUGAAGCUCCUCCGGAUGUUCUCCAGAGACCAGCUGGAGGCCGGAGUCCAGAGGUGCCUCCAAGUCCUGGACCCAGAGAAGUCCAAAAGGAUGAAACGAGCCAAAGUCCAACUCCAAGAUCUGCUCUCCAGGAUGAAAGAUCUGGACCUGAACGCGACAGGAAGCACACCUGCUCAGGACUCGGAGUCGAUCGUCACGUCGCCGCUGAAAAACCUGCAGAAGAAAACCGACCUGUUCCAGCUGCAGAAAACUUUACUGGAAAUGCACGAAACGCGACGCACCAAGAAGCUGAGCCCCUUCGAGCUCCUGCGAAACGAAACGGUGGAUCUGCUGGACGCUCUGGUCCGAGCUCACCUGGCCCCGCCCGAGUCCCAGCCGCUCCACGAGGUCCUGUACUACCGCUCGUCCUCCACCGUGAGGCGCCACCUCAACGCCGCGCCGCGCACCUCCAUCCAGGCCGCGCUCGCCGACCCCGACUUCUACCUGCGCCCGCAAAACCCCGCCCCCGACCGCCCCCGACCCGCCCCCGACAUCUGCAUCGCCUACAGGCUCCACCUGGAGUGCGGCCGCCUCAUCAACCUGGUGGACUGGCUGGAGGCGUUCGGGACGGUGGCGGCGGCGGCGGAGGCGGCGGCGGAGGGGGCGGAUCCCGACGACGAGGAGGAGGAGUUCGGGAAAGUGGACGAGGUGAAGCAGGCGCGGUUCAUCCAGGCCGUGUCCGAGCUCGAGUUCCUCGGCUUCGUCAAGUCGACGAGGCAGAAGACGGAUCAUGUGGCGCGGCUCACGUGGGGCGGCUGCUGAAAAACAACAAAACAAACAAAUAAAUAAACA